AUGGCCAAGAAGAGUGAAAUCCUUAUUUGGGGGAUCUUGCUGUCCAUGUUCGGCUGCCUUGUCUUCUCUGAGGACAUUUUCAAGUGUUUACAGGACCCCGAUUAUGACACCCUCGUUGAAAUAGCCCAGAAUGGGCUCAAGGCCUCCAAACAUCCCAAGCGUGUGGUGGUGGUAGGGGCUGGAAUGGCAGGCCUAGUGGCAGCUAAGCUGCUGCAGGAUGCUGGUCACGAGGUAACCAUCUUGGAGGCCAGUAACUACACUGGAGGUCGGGUGCUCACAUACAGAAACAAGGAGGAAGGCUGGUACAUUGAUCUAGGACCAAUGAGAAUCCCAAAAAGCCAGAGGCUAAUCCACAUCUAUGUCAAGAAGCUUGGCCUGAAGUUCAAUAAGUUCAUUGAGUAUGACAACAACACCUGGUACCUACUCAAUGGACAGCGUCACCGUGCUGGGGAAGUCAAGGCUAACCCAGAUAUCUUGGGCUACCCCACCAGUCCCACAGAGAAGAACAAAACUGCCGAACAACUCUUCUACCAAGCCAUCAUUAAGAUCAAUGAAUCCAUGAAGCCACUCAACUGCCCUGAACUGCUAUCCCUUUAUGACUCUUACUCCACCAAGGCUUACCUAAUGAAGGAAGGAAACCUAAGCAAAGGAGCAGUCCAGUUCAUCGAGGACUUGAUGAAUGAGGAUGCUGGAUUAUAUGACUCCCUCCUGGAGACCCUGAGGAGUUUUAACAUCUUCUACUCCAAAAGCACAGAAUUUAUAGAGAUCACUGGUGGCUUUGACCAACUCCCUAAUGGCCUCAGUGCCAUCCUGAAGCCAGGCACCAUCCAUCUGGGGUCCAAAGUAGAAAGAGUGGUGAGAAAAGGAACGAAGGUUGAGGUUUCCUACCGCACAGCUGGGCCCACGUCUUCACUGCAGAACCUCACAGCAGACUAUGUCAUCAUCUCGGCUUCAGCCAAGGCCACACGCCUCAUCACCUUCCAGCCACCCCUGUCCAGAGACAAAACACACACCCUGCGCUUGUUGCAUUACAUCAGUGCCACCAAGGUGGCAUUAGUAUGCAAGGAACGUUUCUGGGAAAAGGAGGGCAUACGGGGUGGGAGCUCCAUCACGGACCGGCCCUCCCGAUUCAUCUACUAUCCCAGCCACAGCCUGCCAGGUGGUAAGAGCGUGCUGCUGGCCUCUUUCACUGUGGGCGAUGAUUCCCUGUUCUUUACCUCCAUGAAGGAUGACCAGGUGGUGGAUAUCAUCCUGGAUGAUCUGGCCGCAGUGCACCAGCGAUCCAAGGAGGAACUAAAGCGUAUGUGCCCUGAGUCAGUGGGCAAGCAAUGGUCUCUAGAGACACUCACCAUUGGCUCCCAUGCUGAGUUCACACCCUACCAAUAUGUGGACUAUUCGAAGCAGCUCUCCCAGCCAGAGGGCCACAUCUACUUUGCUGGGGAGCACACAAACCUACCUCAUGGCUGGAUAGACACUGCCAUCAAGUCGGGCAUCUGGGCUGCCAAGAACAUUCAAGCUGCAGUGGACAAGGAGGCCACUCUGUAG